AAUGUUAAAGAGCUGUGCUGUUGUUGUUGUUUUUUCAGUGCUUAUGUUUGUUUUCUUGCGUUCUAUUCCGAAAUUCUCCACGUUUCCGUCGUCUUUUAGACUCUUCUCCAGUUCAAGGAUUAUUAUGAAGUACUUAAAUCAAACAGAGGCUCAAAAUAUCGACCUAGAGUUGUUCAACGAAUAUGCUUUCAGCGUGGAUCAGUUGAUGGAGCUGGCGGGGCUAUCAGUAGCCGUUGCAUUAGCAAAGAGCUAUCCUUCAAAAGACAGCGAAAAUAACAAAGUAUUGGUUGCAAGUGGACCGGGGAACAAUGGUGGUGAUGGUUUAGUUGCAGCGAGACAUCUGAAAAUGUUUGGUUUUCAGCCAUUCAUUUUCUAUCCAAAAAGACCCAACAAGCCAUUGAUGAAUAAUCUAGUAACACAAUGCCAAAAKAUGGACAUUCCUUUUCUUGACACUCUGCCRUCAUCGCAUGACAUCACAAACAACUACAAACUAGUUGUUGAUGCUAUUUUUGGGUUUAGUUUUAAAGGAAGUGUCCGUGCACCAUUUGAUGAUGUCCUGAAAACAUUUAAAGAUAUUGAAAUUCCUCUUUGUUCAGUGGAUGUUCCAUCAG